AUGAGCUACUACGGCAAUUACUACGGAGGCCUGGGCUAUGGCUUUGGCGGAUUUGGCUCUCGCUAUGGAUGUGGUUGUAGCAGCUUCCACAGACUGGGCUGUGGCUAUGGGGGCUAUGGAUAUGGAUCUAACCAUGGAGGCUAUGGAUACGGAUGUAGCCAUGGAGACUAUGGAUUUGGCUCUCACUGUGGAGGCUAUGGAUAUGGCCCUGGCCAUCAAGGCUAUGGAUAUGGGUGUUGUCACCGCCCAUCUUUUCUCAGUGGAUAUGGCUUCUCCGGAGUCUACUGA